UCUCAUUUCGACACAACCAAACAAGAAACAACAAACAAGAAGACUUUCAGAGAAUCUCAGAAGCAUCGAUCAUCAAUGGCGGUGAAGAAGAAAUCGUCUUGGAGAUCAUUCGUAGCUGGGUGUUUCCAAGAUCAAAACUUUGAGAAAUCUUCGGACAAACCCAAGAACAGCGAGGUGAAGAAGCAGAAAUCGUUUCAGAGACUGUCGAUUUUGGACAUGAGCAAUCCGAGUUCAACCACCUUGUCGGAAGAUCUAUCCAUCUCUCUGGCUGGUUCAGAUCUCCACAUCUUCACCCUCGCGGAGCUCAAAGUCAUCACCCAGAGCUUCUCGUCGAACAGUUUCCUCGGCGAAGGAGGGUUCGGACAGGUUCACAAGGGUUUCAUCGACGAUAAGCUCAGACCAGGCCUCAAGGCACAGCCGGUCGCUGUCAAGAACCUCGACCCAGACGGUCUUCAGGGUCACAGAGAAUGGCUGACGGAGGUGAUAUUUCUCGGACAGUUGAAGCAUCCGAAUCUGGUGAAGCUGAUUGGCUAUUGCUGCGAGGACGAACACAGGCUCCUUGUCUACGAGUUCAUGCCUCGUGGAAGCUUAGAGAAUCAGCUCUUCAGACGAUAUUCGGCUUCGCUGCCAUGGGCGACGAGGAUGAAGAUCGCUCACGGAGCUGCAAAGGGUCUCCAGUUUCUUCACGAGGCCGAGAAACCCGUCAUCUACCGCGAUUUCAAAGCCUCCAACAUAUUGUUAGAUUCGGACUACAUGGCAAAGCUGUCGGACUUUGGGCUAGCCAAAGACGGACCAGAGGGUGACGACACGCACGUAUCGACCCGAGUCAUGGGAACGCAAGGCUACGCCGCCCCCGAAUACAUCAUGACUGGUCACUUGACCGCCAGGAGCGACGUCUACAGCUUCGGUGUCGUCCUGCUCGAGCUCUUGACCGGCCGUAGAUCGGUGGACAAGAAACGUUCGCCACGUCAACAGAACCUCGUCGACUGGGCUCGUCCCAUGCUCAACGACCCACGUAAGCUGUCUCGGAUCAUGGACCCGAGGCUCGAGGGUCAGUACUCCGAGACCGGCGCUCGAAAGGCCGCGGCUUUAGCCUACCAAUGCCUUAGCCACCGACCCAAGCAUCGGCCCAAUAUGAGCGCCGUUGUGGCCGUUCUCGAUGAUCUUAAGAACUACAAGGAUAUUCCGAUGGGACCCUUCGUUUUCACGGUGCCCUCCACGCCAGAGGCGGUGGUUUCCGGCGGAGAUGUGAAGGAGGAGUUCGGUAGGAGGAGGAGUGAACAUCGUGAGAGGAAGCUCCGGUCGCCGGCGGAGAAGUCUCCAGGGAGUCGCCACCGGUCUCCGGUGACUGACGGAGGGAAUCACCGGGGGCAUUUGAGGAAUGGGUUGAGUUCGCCGAUGAGGAGUGAGGCUGGUGGUGAACGGUAUUGAGAUUCUUGGUUUUUUUGUAAAUGUUUUUUUUUUAAUGUAAAUAUACUUUUUUGCCGAUUUUUUUCUUGGGAUUUUUUCGGUUAUAAUAUUUAUAUUUUCCCUAUAGAAACUGUCAAAAUUAUUUUUUUCUUCUUGGUAACGUUGUAACGACUUCGUCAAUGAAAGACGCGUUAUAUUGAUGAA